GUGAAGCGUAAUACAUCCUCCCCAGAAAACGUAUCCGAAUUUCUUUUAUUAAAGAAUCUGCCAUUAUUGUUGUGUGAUAUUUUCGUUGCAGAGUGAAAAAAAAAUGCCAUUGAAGGUUUUAGACGCCACAGUGUCGACUUUUGAUGGCGUAUUUGAGAAGUUCCGUUCAGAGGUUUCACAGAACAAAGCCAAUCUCAUUCUCUUCUUGGCUGACAAAGACCCUGCCACCUCUCUCAGCUGGUGCCCUGAUUGUGUGAGAGCUGAACCAGUGAUCUACAAGAAGUUGGAGGCUUCACCUGAUGACAUUGCACUUUUGAGAGCUUAUGUUGGUGAUAGAGCAACAUGGAGGAACCCUCAGCAUCCAUGGAGGGUGGAACCUAAGUUCAAGCUCACUGGGGUGCCGACAUUGAUCCGAUUGGAGAAUGAGACAAUCUUAGGUCGUCUGGAGGAUCAUGAAGCUCACCUUGAAAACAAAAUUGAAGCUCUUGUUGCUGACAAGUGAUUGCCAGUGCACUGUUUCUUGGAUAGCUGGGAUCACAUAUAGUAUAAACAGUGUAUGGUGUACUCUUGCUAGCAGCAAUGGAUCCCCCUCAUAGUGGAGUUAUAGCUUUUCUGGUAAAGCAUGUAAUAAAUAUUGAGUACCAAUUGUUACAACAGAAAUGGUUGGUUUCUACAUUGUGUUUUAUGGUUUUCUUUUUUAUGGUUUUUGGGCAUCAUGAAUUUCUUGGCUAAUCCUAGAUAACGAUCGGCUUGGUGUGUAAAAUAAUUCCUACACGUUCUAUAUUUCUACUUGGAAUUUGUUUUUUAUUGGUUUGGAAAAUACUAUAUAGUCAUCAAUU